CUUCCUGUCUGAAGAAAUUAAUGUGCCGCAGUAUUCAGGUGUGAUUUUGGCCCAUUCAUCUAAACAUAUUGUCUUUAAAUCUUGUUCAAUUGGAUUCAAGUCAGGUGAUUGACUGGGCAAUUCUAACACCUUGAUUUAUUUUUCUCUGAAACCAACUGAGAGUUUCCUUUGCUGUAUCUUUGGAUCGUUGUCCUACUGGAAGGUCCACCCACAUCUCAUCUUCAUCAUCCUGGUGGAUGGCAGCAGAUUCUUCUCAAGAAUCUCCUGCACCAAGUGUUUCUGGAGCUCUUUCUGAGUGGUCCUUGGCUCUUGGGAUACUCUUCUGACUAUUCUUCUGAAUCCCUGGUCAGAAAUCUUGUGAGGAGCUCCUGUGUGUGGCCGGUUGAUGACGGAGUGAUGUUGCUCCCACUUGUGGAUAAUGGCCCCAAUGGUGCUUAGUGAAGGAUUCAGAAGUUUUGAAAUACAUCUAUAUCCGAUUCCAUCAAUAAGUUUUGCAACAAUAAGGUUAUGAAGGUCUUGGGAGAGGUCUUUGCUGGUAAAAACCCAUCAUGAGAUGUUUCUUGUGUGACACCCAGAGAUGGAUACAAAUGCAGAUAGUGAGCCCACACAGCUGAUGGAGGGACCAAGCACACAAACUGCCGGUGGCACUAAACCUCUGCACCGCUUCCUCAGAGGAGAGCCAAGAACUGUUGGGAUUGUGCUGUUGUUCCUCGGCCUUUGUCUGUUCUUGUUUGGGAUUCCUAUGAAGGGGGACGUGGUGGAAACAUCAGAAGAAAGCUAUAGCCCUUUUUGGCUGGGCAUCUUGUACUUCAUUUGUGGUAUUCUCUACAUACAGUCAGAACGAAACACCACAAAAAAGAUGGUCACAAUUAGUCUUGUGUUUAGUAUCCUCGCAAUACUGGGGACUAUAAUUGGUGUAAUAAUCUUCAGCAAAAGUUUACUCACACACCAUCAUUAUAUGAUGUAUCCAGAUUUCAGCUUGGAUGAAGCAGAAGUGUCCAUGGAACAUUAUAUGCAGCUCUACAGCCUGGAAGCCGUGUUCCUGUUCCAUAGCUUGGUGGCGGGAGUGAUCCUCAUUGCCAUGUCUGUAUUUGCCCGUCUAGCGCUGCACUCAAGUCAUACACGGAUGCUCGUGGUCAUGCGUUACCCACCUUCAGCAGAGUAGGCCUCUUUAGAGAGACCAUGGGUGAACUCCAAACACUAGUCUGUGAUACAAAGCUCUUAUUAGAAUUCAUUCUAACAUGUAGCUGUAGUCCAGUAAAAUUAAAAGAACAGGUUAUUUGUGACAGUGUGUGCAGGAAGGAACUGAGCUAUUUGCUUAACUGAUAAUUAACUCAGCUAUUCAGGCCUCACUGUAUGAUUGCUAGAAAUAAUUACUGUGAAAAAGUCUUGUUAGAAUGGAUUCUCUAUGUUCUAGCGUUUGAGAUGGAGAACAUUCCUAUCUCACCAUUCUUUUCCUUAUUGGCAUUAAAAAAAAGGAAAUGUGAAACAUUUCACAAUAACCUACACAUAAACAUUGUACUAAUUCACAUAUGGAAAUGUAUAUUGCCAAAUAAUCUUCUAAAUUUUGUAUUAAAUAACCUAACAAAUCAAUGAUGACAUUUUGAUGUAAACAGCCACUGACCAUAAUAAUUUUGUUUUUGUAUGUUCAAUAUAUGUUUGUAUUUACAGCUCCUCAUAUAGUUAUUAUGCAUCUCAUGCAUCGUUACCAGUUAAUAAAUGACAGUAUAGCUUUAGACCAAUAACUAGCUUCUAAAACCGUCUAAAACUCCCCAUGGCCAUGGAGACGAGAACUUCCUGGCUGCAGCCUGCAGAACGGGACUGAUCUGCACUUUUGGCAGGGCUUCAUGUGUCACUCACCCAUAACCAGUCUCACUGGUUAAUGGCAAUGAAUUGACACCUCAGGAUGUUCUCACUGGACUGUAUACACUGUCGCUUCCACUUUUAGUCUCAGUGGCUAGAACAACUUUCAGUGUUGCGCCAGAAAAUUUUUACCCUCACUGCAUGCAAGAUCUUCCAUGGAUUAUUCUGAACGAUGUCAAUCGCAGUAUGAGGUUGGCAUCUGUCAUUCAUUAGUAAGAAGGAGAAUGGCUUUAAACUGUAUGUUUCGAGUUAUAUCCAAAACUUUAGCUAACAAGCUAACUAGCUUUGUUUGUGACAGUUCAUACUCUAAUACAGUUCAUUUUCUAUCUAGUUAACCUUUUUUUUUUAUAUAUAUAUUUCUUUUAAAAAUAGAUAUUCUGGUCUUAUAGUUGAUUUUUAUAUCUAUUUUUUAAAAACAAAAACAUAUUCAUAUGUAGUGUCUUGCCUUAAUCCAGUGCUUACUUAAAUUAAUAAAAAUGUUGUAUAAUACCA